AUGUCGACGCCCGGUGCUUCGGCCCCAAAGCAAUGGGGCGUAAGCCCGCCUAUUUCCACUGCACUACCGGAGCCUCUUGACAACGAGAAGACCGCGGAGUUGGUCGAAGAACUGAAGAGGGAGAAUAACUAUGAACCCAUGGACGAGACGAAAAAGAGGAUGAGCACACUAGCCUUGUUGAACAGGGUCACCCAAGAGUUUGUGCGGGAGGUCAGCCGUCGAAAGCGAUUUCCACCGUCGCAAAUCGACCAGUUCGGCGGCAAGAUCUAUCCUUAUGGAAGUUAUCGCUUGGGGGUUUUCGGACCAGGUUCGGAUAUUGAUACUCUCGCGGUCGCCCCGAGACAUGUCACUCGUGAGGACUUUUUCGACUACUUUCCUGCCAUCCUCGAACGGAUGGCUGGGCCAGGCGCAGUCACGUCUUUGACGGCCGUCCCCGACUCAUUCGUUCCCAUCAUCAAACUGGUGCUCAACGGCAUCGAGAUCGAUCUCAUCUUUGCCUCCAUCGCCUCGCUUUCAACUAUACCCAAGGAUCUCACCUUGAAUGACAACAAUCUGCUCAUGGGUUUGGACCAGCCAACUGUUCGAGCAGUUACAGGACCACGUGUGACCGACGAGAUCCUAUCCUUAGUCCCCGAACAAAAGACCUUUCGAACGGCGCUACGGGCCAUCAAACUAUGGGCUCAAAGAAGAGCCAUCUAUGCCAAUAUUGUUGGCUACCCUGGUGGUGUGGCUUGGGCCAUGCUCGUGGCUCGGGUGUGUCAACUAUAUCCCCAUGCGGUCGGUGCUACCAUUGUCGAUAAGUUCUUCUUUGUGAUCAGCCAUUGGGACUGGCCCACACCCGUGAUGCUCAAGGACAUCGAACAAGUGAAGAACACCGAGCAGAACAAGGCUUUCAAGGUGUGGAAUCCAGCCAUCUAUUCGGGUGACCGCAAAAACAUCAUGCCAAUCAUCACCCCCGCGUUCCCAAGCAUGUGCGCCACGUACAACAUCUCCAAGUCCGGACAGAAGGUUAUCUUGCGGGAACUGAAACGUGGCGGGGAAAUAACCAACAAGAUCUUUUCCGGCAAGGCUCGGUGGAGCGAUCUCUUCAAAAAGCAUACCUUCUUCACACGGGACCACAAAUACUAUCUCAGCGUGACCGCAAGCUCUUUGAGUGCUGAUUCGGCUAAGGCUUGGGCCGGUCUGGUCGAGUCCAAAGUGCGCAUUUUCGUGAUGCAACUGGAAGGUAUCAAGGAUAUUGACCUCGCCCGCCCAUUCACCAAGGGAUUCAAGCGCGUUCACAAAUGCUCGGAUGAGACCCAGAUUCGUGAGGUGCAGAAAGGUAGCAUGAAAUACAAGGUGGAUGAAACGAAGACAAUGGACUCCACAGACCCAGAGCUGGUCACCACAAAUGGCGAAGGUGCCACUAUCCCCUCGGUCGACAGUGCAAAGCCGGAAAACGAACAAGGCGGCUUCACCGUGUACACCUACACCUUCUAUAUCGGCAUUGACACUGUUGCAAAACGCCUGGAUCUGGUUCCAGCUUUUAAGGCCUUCAAGGACAUCUGCGAAAAUUGGGCAGGUUUCAAUCGAGACAUACACUAUCUGAGUCUCGCCUCUGCGAGGAGUUGGGAUCUACCAGAAGAUCUUUUCGACCAGAAAGCCGGCGAAGCUAGGCCAAGCAAACCGGUCAAGAAGGUCGUGAAGGCCACCAAACCAGAGACGAAGCCAGCACGACGAAGUAUUAGCGAAGUCGAGGAUGCUGAAAACACUGGCGACUCCGUAAAGCGACAAAAGAUGAUGCAACCUACUCCAACUCCAACACCUGCUGCAGCCACAGCCUGA